AUGGACACGAAGUCAUUUGCAUCUCGCAUCAGCGACCUCGUCAAGUUCCUCUCAUCCGUACAAGGCGACCUUUCCAAUGUGACUGCUCCGCCGUCCUUCCUCGCGCCAUCCUCCGUGGUAGAGGUUGGCCACUGCUGGUCCCAGCGGCCCGGUGUCUUCGUCGCCCCGGCUCUAGAGCCGGACCCGGAGAAACGCUCUUUGAAAAUGCUGCGUAUGAUUCUUAUUGCUAUGCGGAGCCAGUUUUACGUCGCCGGUGCUCCCAAUGUGAGCAUCAAGAAGCCCCUGAACGCUUUCCUGGGAGAACUAUUCCUCGCAUCCUGGACCGAGGGCAAGGCCUCUACGAACUUGGUGGCUGAGCAAGUUAGCCAUCAUCCGCCCAUUACAGCGAUGCACAUCGGUAGCAAAGAGCACGGAAUUCGGGCUGAUGGAUACGCGCGAGUCGAAAUGACUUUCUCGAGCAGUGUCAACAUCCGCCAGAUUGGGCAUGCCGUGAUACAUAUUGACAAGUACGACGAAGAUUACUUGGUUCCGCUCCCUGAUGUCAAGGUUCGCGGGUUCUUGAACGCCUGCUUGUACCCCGAGGUUAUCGGCACCUAUUACAUCGUUUCCAACACAGGAUUCAUCUCGGAAAUAAAGUUUUCGGGCACGGGAGUCUUUAGGGGGAAGAAGAACUUCUUCGAGGCUCGUAUGUACCACAAGAACGACAAGAAGGCUACCAUCUUCACGGUAGAAGGCGUCUGGAGUGAAGGUUGGAUUGUCAAGGAUGGAAGAACGGGUGAAGUCUUGGAACACUACGAGGUCGACGCCUUGGAGAACCUGCCUGCGCCCAUGGAAAUCGAGCCAAUCGCCAGCCAAGACCCUUGGGAGUCGAGACGCGCGUGGAGUGGUGUUAUCGAGGGUCUUGGCAAGGGCGAUUUCCGCGAAACGGUAAACGCAAAGAGUCAAGUCGAAGAAGCGCAACGUCGGAUGAGAGCGGAAGAAAAGAAGAAUGGCGAGACUUGGGAGCCCUUGUUUUUUAAAAGCAUUCCUGGGUCGGAUCAUGAGGUUUUCCACAGGUUGGCCAAGGGGGUGGAUUGGCAGCUGCAGGACAAGCAUACUAAAGGCGUUUGGAGGAUCGAUGAUGCUAAACGGGAUACGGUUCAACGGCCAUUUAGAGGGGAAUCGACGCCUUUAGGCUAG